AUGAGCGCGCUCUUCAACAAGAUCGAAGCAGUUGGAAAGAAGAAAGACUUAGAAGAGGCCAAGGAGAUAGAGGACAUAGACAUGUCCCAGAUCGAUCCGUCAGCAGCCGGGGAGAAGGUGGUUUGCCCUCGCUGCAAGAAGGACGUGCUCAAAGAUCAUUUUGAUUCGCACAUGACCGCCCAUUCCAGUGAGAUUCUUCCAUGGCUUUUCCUGGGCGGCAAGCGGAAUCUCGAGAACGACCAAGAGAUUACAGUUCGAACCAACAUUACUCACGUCCUCAACCUGGCUCAGGAGGUCAACUUAAAGGCUGACAUAAAGGAGAUAGCUACAGAAUACAAUCGUGAGCGAGAUCUUCCUUUCGUGUACAAGAAGCUGAAUUUCGGCGACACCCCGGAUCAAGAUAUCCUGUCCGAGCUGGAGAGCGCAAUAGAGUUUAUCCAUGAAGCCCACUCUUCAAACGAGCGGCACAACGUGCUUGUCAACUGCGUACAGGGCAUCUCCCGAUCUGCUUCGGUGGUGCUUGCUUAUCUCAUGAAGUACGAACGCAUGAGCCUUCGGGCAGCGUACGACCAUGUUCGCGAAAGACGAGCAGUUGCAGAUCCCCGCAAGGAGUUUCUGGAUCAACUUGCGGUCUUCGAGUGCAAACUCUUCGACGUGGACAAGCCUACGUUGACUGGGGCCAUCGUCUUCGAAGGUCGAAACUUGCUUAAUGUGGACGAUGCGACACCAUUGUCGCAACCAUGUCGCGAACCACCCAGCACCAGUGCACCAGCGAAGGAGCAAAUCGUGACCGCGGAUCCGCAGGCAGAAAGUACUUUCAUCGAAGAUAUCUCAAAUAAGCCUGCAAGGGCUGCGGCUACGUCGUACGAAUCUGUAUCAGAUUGGUACACGGACGAGAACCCAGCAGACAGCCCAACCAAGACAACUUCUGAGUGGUACUUGGAUGGCAAGCCGCGGCCAAGCACACGCACGUCACAGACGGAAGUCCAUGUGAUGGAUGAGGCGACAGUGCAGCCGCAGAGCUAG